AUUCUGCUCACUGGUGAUCUGACUCUCCACAUUGUCAAGAACAUUCCCCCAAUCUCUGGGACCAGAGGAGGUGUAUAAGUCCCUAGCUAGCUCCUUCAAGGCUAAGGGAGAUCCAUCUAUCCAGAAGUCUCCUCAAUCUCCAAGACACAAUACUCUGGGUCUAUAAUAGCUGAAGCUAAUGGAGUUCUAUCAGUGUGUCUUUGAGACGAUGAGGAUGGUCAUUGUGCUUAGUGUGGUAAUGGUGCAAUGGUUCGGUAUCAUAGCCAGUCUUAAGUGGAUAUGGAAGAAUUGGUUCAUUAUUGUGGUGACAUGGAACGUAAUAGCCAGUCUUGGGUGGAUAUGGAAGAGUAGGUUCAGUUACAUGGCUGAAACCCCAGAGCCAGUAUCAGAGGAUAAUCAAGAACUGGUUGACGUCGAUGCCUCUGCAUCUCUUCCUUCAUCGUCAGCUGAAUCAUCAGCUCCUAGGUGGAAGCAUGAUGUGUUUUUGAGUUUCAGGGGUGAGGACACUCGUCGGGGUAUUACAUCCUUUUUAUACGAUCGACUGAAAAACAGAGGAAUCAAAACAUUCAUGGAUGACCAAGACCUUCAAGUAGGGGAUGUUAUUUCUCCCACUCUCCUACUGGCAAUUAAAGAAUCAAGGUUUGCAAUUAUUGUUCUCUCUCCAAACUAUGCCUCUUCCACUUGGUGUUUGGAGGAACUUAGAAACAUUUGUGAAUGCAUGAAAGAAGACGACAAUAGAAUUCUGCCACUUUUUUAUAAUGUGGAUCCUAGUGAUGUACGAAAUCAGAAGAGGAGUUUUGGAGAUGCUUUCACUAAGCAUGAAAAAUCUGGGAAACACAAAUCAGAAAAGGUGCAGCAGUGGAGAGAUGCUUUAACAAAAGUGGCAAAUUUCUCUGGAUGGCAUACACUGAAUUAUAAAACUGAUAGAGAACUUGUGGAUGCCAUUGAGGAAUCUGUGUGCAAUAAAUUACGACUGACUGAACCUGUGCUUAAAAUGUGCAUCGGAGGUUUUAAAGAAUUUGCAGCAACAAAACAAGCCAUUGAUAAGGUCAUGAACGCGCUAAAAGAUGAUGAGGCCACUACCAUUGGAGUCUACGGAAUGGGGGGCGUUGGAAAGACGACAAUGGUGAAAUAUGUUGGAGCACAAGCCCAAAAAUGUAGGCUUUUUAAUCAAGUGAUUAUGCCUGUCGUAUCCCAAAACCCCGACUUGAUGAAAAUUCAAGAGACAUUUGCAGAACUGCUGGGCUUGAAAUUGGAGGAGAAGACAGAAAUUGGAAGAGCCAGUAAAUUGAAGGAGAAGAUAUUGAAACGAACUGGGAUCCUCAUAAUCUUGGAUGACAUUUGGAAGAGCAUAGACUUUUCAAGCAUUGGAAUUCCAAGCCACAACGAACUUCAAAGAUGCAAUUCCAAAGUUCUACUGACUACCAGAAAAUUGACAGUUUGCAAUUCCAUGGAUUGCCAUGCAAACAUACAUCUCAAUAUCUUAUCAGAAGAAGAUUCUUGGAGCUUAUUUGUGAAGGAAGCAAGGAAGUACCCUCUUGACAAAUCAUCCACUUUCUAUGAUGUAGCACGUAAGGUGGCUAGAGAAUGCGCCGGUCUACCACUUGCUUUGAUAGUAGUUGCGAGGGCCCUUCGAGGUCAAGGUUUAGAUGGAUGGAAAGAAGCUGCUCGACAACUACAAGCGUCUCAACCUCCCAACCCUGAAGAUGAGGGAGUUGUGUAUGCAUCCAUAAAGUUAAGCUAUGAUUACUUGAAAUCUGAUGAUUCCAAAUCAUGCUUCUUGCUUUGCUGCCUGUUCCCAGAAGAUUAUGAUAUCCCAAUUGAACACUUGCUCAUGUAUGGAAUUGGGAAAGGAAUGUUUCAAGAUUCCAACAUGCUAGAAGCCCGAGACAGAACAUAUUUAGUGGUGAAGGCCCUUAAAGAUUCUAGCUUGCUUUUGGAUGCUAGAGAUGACGGAUUUGUAAGGAUGCAUGAUGUCAUUCGGGAUGUGGCAAUAUCAAUUUCAUUAUCUGAAGACGGCCAGCGGUUCUUGGUGAAAAGUGGCUAUGAAUUGAAGAAUUGGCCGAAGAUUGAUGCACAUAAAGGCUACUCUGCAAUCUCACUAAUGAAGAACAAAAUUUGCAAGCUACCGGAAGAGUUGGUAUGUCCAAAUCUCCAGAUUUUAUUACUACAACACAAUGCUUCUUUAAAUGAGAUCCCAAAAUCAUUUUUCCAGAGUCAGAAUGAAUUAAGAGUCUUGGAUCUUAGCUACACUGGUAUUUCAUUACUACCCCAAUCAAUCAGUUCUCUAACCAACCUUCAAGCUUUGUAUUUAGAUUAUUGCGGGAACAUAAUUGACAUUUCUGUAAUCGGAAAACUUCACAAGCUUGAGAUUCUUAGCAUGAGAAGAUAUGCUCUGAAAGAAUUGUCAAGAGAAAUAGGACAGUUGACCAAUCUAAGGAUGCUGGAUGUCAGUGCUGUACAUAUUCGCACAAUCCCAUCUAAAGUGAUUACCAAGUUGCAUAAGUUAGAAGAACUGUACAUGGAAUGUGAAUUUUUGGACUGGGGGAGUAAAAUUGAUGGAGAAGGAGAAGAAACUAAUAUUGGCUUGGAUGAAUUAGCUGGUUUAUUACAUUUAAGCAUUUUGACAGUUUGCAUAUCGAAUGCAAAUGGCAUCCCUAAAAGUGUUGAGGUCGAACCGAAUUGGGUUUACUUCGAUAUCAGUAUUCGCAGCGGCCAUAAUGGAGAGAGAGACAAUGGAAACUUUCGAUCCGCUUGUAAUUGUAGAUCCUUGAGAACUGACACAACCAUAGGAACCCUUCCGGACUGGUUUGUCAACGCUGUGGUAAAGAAUACUGAGAGGCUGCGUUAUAGAUAUUGCGAAGGGUUAAGUAACAUUCUUGUGGAAUAUGACCGUGGGAGGUUUCAUGGACUGAAAGUUCUCUUUGUAGUUGGUGGGUGUGCGAACUUGAUAGAAUUGAUGAAUGCAAUAACAUGUGUUCCACAUAUGCCUGUGUUUGAGAACUUGGAGGAUUUGUAUCUGGAAGAACUGUCUCACUUGAGGCAGUUAUGUGUUGGUGAGUUACCACCUGGAUCUCUCUGCAGUCUGAAAUUAUUGAAGGUCUCUGGGUGUCCUACUUUUGGGAAUGCACUGUUGCCAUCAAAAUUGUUGCAGAAACUAGCAAAUCUGGAACAACUAAUCUGUGAGAGAAGUGGAGUGGAACAUGUUUUUGGAUGUGAAGGAUUUGAGCUAGAUCAUACAAAUCUGAGAGAGAUGGUGUUGUUGGAUCUACCCGCAGUAAGAAGCAUGUGUAAUGGUCCUGCUCCACGUGGAAUGUUCCAGACUCUAAAGAAAUUGGUCAUUGUGAAUUGCAAAUUCCGGGGAAGUCUCUUCACAUUUGAUGUGGCUCAGUGUCUUUUUCAAUUGGAAAACCUUGAUGUAUCCGAAUGCCCUGUCUUGGAAAGAGUAAUCGAAGCAAGGAGGGAAACAUUGAACAACAAGAAGACCGUUCUUCCAAAAUUGAAGAACUUAUGUUUGCAAUCUCUUCCAAUGUUGUACGAGGGAAGUGCUACUAUUGAUUUUGAGUGUCCUUCAUUGGAACACUUGCGUAUACACGAGUGCCCCCACUUGUCAUUUCCAUCCUCUGUUUCUGACUACUUCAACAGCAGGAAUCAUGAUCUUUUCAAUGGUGGUCAUUCUCUGAAUCUGAUGCGCAGACGGAUACUGAGACAACUGCGGCUCAUAAGGGUGUGAACAGUGACGGCUCCAGCCGAGCCGGUCAUGGAUGAAAAGUCUCUGUUGCCCGACACCUGUCUACCGUCUCAAAACUCCCGCGUCUUUCUUCUCGACACCUGGUCUGCUGCUCAGUCCAAUCGUGUCUUCGCUACUACGCUGCACAGAGAGGUGGAGACAGAGAGAGAGAUAGCUGUACUGUUUGUUGGCAUCUACGAUUCGGAUUCGAUCUUCCCUGUGUAAAUCUGGAAGUCUCUAUCUACACGGAGAGAGGCGUCUAUCUACAGUAAUAUUUGCUGAGCCAGAUUAUCGGGUUUACUGAUCGAUCAAAGCUGGAUAGAGUUUGGGUUCUUCUUGAUUCAUCGAGAAGAAAGCGGACAGUUCAGCGAAAGAGCCCGGUUUCAAUCCCAGUGGCUGCACUUGACCUUGAUAAUGAAGAAACUACAAAAGAAGAGAGUGAGAAAGAGAAGGUAGAGCCUGAAAUUGUUGUUGUGAAUGAAGAAAAGAAAACAUGAGAAGAUGAGAAGAAGGGUGAGAGGUCUGGUGCUUCGUGCUCAAGCUUGAAUUUUCCUUGCAUGGAUAAACUCAGGGAUGAGCUUUUGCUUUCUUGAGAGAAAUGAGGUUGGGUACUUGCAUCUGAGGAUUCUCGGCAACAUUGGAAUGGUUUCAAGGUGGAGAGAUUCCUCCUGAGAUCGGAAAGAUGGGCAGCUUGGUAGGUUAACUCUGUUUCUUUCAGCAAGUUUUUUUUUUUUUUUUUUUUUAUGAUUUUGAUUUCUGUACGCAUUUGAUUAGUAUGUUGUUGAUUGUGUAGAAUGACUUUAUGAGCAUUUUUAUUUAGUUUAUAAGCUUUUGUUGUGAAAAGAUUUGAACUUUGUUUGUUAGACAAAAAGAGAGACUAUUGGAUAGUUUCAGAACAAUUCAGUUUGCUUUUUUAGGACAAUAGGACCUUUUUUUUUUUUUUUUUGGGUUUGUGUUUUCUAGAGAAAGCACAGUUGAAACAGAGAGAGAGAGAGAACUAGAGAGUGGUGAUUCGGUUUUGCUGUGAGGAGAAGAAGAUCUGUGUUUUGGAUAGCUCUGCCGACUACAUUUUCGGGGUAUUGUUCGUGCUCCAGUUUGGGAUUCUCUCCUGUUGUUUCUCCUGAAAAGAUUUUUGUUUUAUGCCUGGGCAUUUCCAAUGCAAUAGAUCUGACAUAGUACCCGCCUUUUAGAUAUGCCUGCAAUAUGCUUCGACAAGGAAUGAAACAAAUAAUAAUGAACUCAGAAACCCUUGAAGCUAAAGCGUUGGAGAAGGUGGAGGAUAAGUCCAAAUGAGAACUCUGAGGCAUUGGCUUUUAUCAUUGAUUAGAGUUCACUCGGUUACACUUUAGAGGCAUAAGCGAUGGAGGAGGUUAUCAAGUCAGUGCUCGAUGAUGAAAUUAAACAUCUCCUGUAAAAGAUAUCGUAAACAUAGACACAGCAAGGUGCUCCCAUAGGGGAAACUGAAGCAUAUGAGAAGCAUAGAUAUCAACUCCAACUCGAGGAGGCCAUUAGUAACAAUAGCAACAAAACUUGCACGUUCUUAGCUUACAAGCAGACCAGUGAUUGAGCAAAGGAGAAGAGGACGGCUUUGGGCUUGGGUUUGUCAGUCAUGGUAUACAGAAUUUUGUGGAGCAGUUCCUACUAGACUUGCACAGGACUUGGCAUUUUCAGUUGCAAGGUUUAUACAAAAUGGUGGUUCUUUUGCCAACUACUACAUGUACCAUGGAGGAACGAAUUUUGGCCGAACAGCUGGCGGUCCCUUCAUUGCAACUAGCUAUGACUAUGAUGCACCUCUAGAUGAAUAUGGACUACCAGGGAACCAAAAUAUAGCCAUUUGAAAUAUCUGCACAAAGCCAUCAAAUUAGAAGGCCGUGGAUCAGCAGAGGAAGGCGAUACAGCUAUUACAUCGUUGGGAUCAUCACGGGGAGAAGGGAAGAGCUUGGUUUCUUCUUUCUGUGGAUUGUGAAAGCUUUGACAUCGAAGGGAUAUUGUUUGAUGUGGAGUUUGCGAUUUGAGUGAUUGGUUGGAAGAGGUUGAAGGUUCUAUGCAAAGGAGUAUUUCGAUUGUUCUUCUGCCAUUGUUCCUGUAUCUGUUAUUUGGUAUCGGUUUGGUGUUCUAUUCUUAUACAGAUAUCAGGAACUGUGAGCUGUUAAAUUUUCCAAGUAUUUUGAGUUCAGCAGACUGGUGAUUGAGCAAAGGAGAAAAGAGCGGCUUUGGAUCUGGGUUUGUGAUUGAAAUUAUGUGCCUGUUAAUUCAGACGUUGAAUUGAUCAGUACCUCAAUGUGACAUGAGCGUCAAAGCAUUCAUCAUUAGCAAGCAAACAAACCCGCGGCAUCGUGCGGGAGGAAUUGCCUAGUAUAAUUGGCCUUCGAACGCCUUGAGGUUAGCCGUGACCUUGACCCCGUCAACUCGCAUACGACUGGGAAGAUGGAACUGUGAUUGGAGUUGUAACCAGAGGUACUUUUAAGGGGACAAGGAGAAAGGCACGUGCAUUGAGGAGAUAAGGUUCCAAGACUAAAAAGUCUUCUCCGUGGUUGAAGAGUCUUCAGAAACCUUAAAUGGAAUGUUAGGGUCUCAAUUUCAAGGUGGUGUUGUUGGCAGCCUGAGAUAUCAAAACGACUAGGGAGGAAAUGCUCUCGCUGUAAUUGUUUUUGCCGCCUAAGCUCAGUUAGUAGAUGAAUUGGCUCAACUUGCCCAUAACAAGAUCAAAACUAAUUCCGGGUUUUGGUUGCAGCUGGUGUUUGUGCGGUAAUUGGGCAGCUCUCCAACCCCCCUUCCACUAAUGUAAUUCUGUAUGGCAAAGAGUUUGAUUUCAAGUCAAUCCUUCAGGCUCCACGCAUUCCUUUGCACUAGUGGCUACUGCAACAACGCCUGGCUUUGAAAGGAAUGCACCAAUUCUCCUUUGUUUGCACCUGCAGUUGGGUCAGAAUUAAAUCAAUGAACUGAUAUUCACUUCAUGACUGUAAUGGUUACGAAUCGGGGGCUGUUGGAUUCAAUAUUUGGCAUUGUGAUGUAUGAUGCCCAGGGAAUUCCUUUAGUGAUAUAUUGGAAAGAUGCAUUUUCUACUUAUGUUGCUGUGCCACUUCAACAAGCUUUACUGUCAGUAAUACAAAGAGACAACUAUGGAAUUUGUGUCCAAGUUGGAACUUAAGCUCGGCUAGAAAGUCUUAGAUGUUGGCUGUGGCAUUGGGGGAGGUGACUUUUACAUGGCCAAUACGUUUGAUGUUGAUGUUGUUGGCAUUGACCUCUCUGUAAACAUGAUUUCCUUUGCCCUUGAACAAUCCAUUGGACUCAAAUGCGCUGUUGAGUUUGAAGUUGCUGAUUGCACCACGAAAACAUAUCUUGACAAUAAAUUUGAUGAUAUACAGCCGUGACACCAUUCUGCACAUUCAAGACAAGCCUGCAUUGUUCCGAUCCUUUUACAAGUGGUUGAAGCCAGGAGGCAAAGUUCUCAUCAAUGAUUACUGUAGGAUGCUGGAACUCCGUCGGUUGAGUUUUCUGAGUACAUUAAGCAAAGAGGAUAUGAACUCCAUGAUGUAAAAGCAUGUGGUCAGAUGCUCAAGGAUGCUGGUUUUGAUGAGGUCAUUGCUGAGAAUCGUACUGAACAGGGGAAUUGAAUGCUGUUGAGAAGGACAAGGAAGCAAGCAUUCAUCCAGGAUUUUUCUGAAGGUUGGUGUUAUGAGCUUGCUGUGGAGUACGAAGGAAAGCAUGAUAACAAUAAUGCGUGUAGACGAUUGCAUUGUUAUACAAGUUUGGACCCAGAGGAUACCAUUAUAAAAUCCUUCACACACAUGCUUAGCUUGGCUUGCUUGGCAGAGCAUCGCUGUCCACAGAAAAAGGGUGACUCUGCAGAUGAAGGAGCAGGUGUAAUUUGUGUUCCUCUUGGUCCUCUACGAGGCUAGACAAGGCCUAAGAUUUUUUUCAGGCAAACAUGAUUUGUUUUCAAGAGACAGUAUCAAACAUGCUCUGUUUUACAAUGUUCAAUUGUAAAACUGGUGUAACUGUAUGUUUCUAAUUUUUACAUGUGCUUUGCUCUGCCGUAGCUAUCCUUAAAGCAAGACAGGCUAGUCUUGGCUAAAUUUUAGCUACGUACUA